AUGCUGCUCCCAUCCGCAUUCUCGUGCGAUGGCGCCUUCCAGCCUCAGUCAAGACCUCACAGACCUAAGCUCCCGUCCUUCGGCGCAUACGAUCCUCGGUACUCUACAAAAGCGCGCCCGAGUCCUCUAUCCUCGAGUUGUCGCGCACUGCAGGCCAUUCUAGGAGCCCCUGGUGCAAUCCAGCACACACGAUCAGAUCAGCCUCUCGAAUUAGGCAAUCCCUUUGCGCCCUCAGAAGAACCCACUCCUUCCGGAGAAACGCAAACACCACCCAGACGCGCGAAUAAGCGACGGCGCAGUGAUUUCGAACAGGACAUGAUUCCGCAAUCAUCUGGAGAUGUGCUCAUGGGAGAUUGUCAGCGCACACCUCAGCAAAUUCGCACUCCAAAAAGACGGCGGAAGGUCCCUCUGUCCAUGCCAUUGGGUCUCUCGGCAGAUGAUUUCCGCGCACUUGACACACCUGUGGAAGAGGAGGUGAAGCUCGACAUGCCCAUGAUCAGUCCUCAUGCCCUCAUGCCCUCAGACCAGGAUUCGGCAUACGGAUCAUCUCCACCAGUGGAAGACGCAGAAUGGACCGAAGACGAUGACCGACUGUUGGUAGAAACAGUGCUCGAGAAGCUGAAACUGUCAAAACGCGAUUGGAAUGACUGCGCAAGGAAACUGGGCAAGGAUAGAGACAGCCUUGGAAGAAGGUGGAGCUUGCUAGUGGGAGAAGGUAAUGUUGGCUUGAGAAGAGGUGGGAGAGUCUCAAGAACAAAUUUGGACAUUUCGAGUUGGUGA